UUACAAUGAUCGUUGACCCUAAAAGAACUCUAAAAUAAUAGAUAAUUGUAGGAUGUAACUGCGCAAAUCAUCAUGGCUUGAUUAUUUUUUUUAAUUGGAUUAUUUUAUCCAGGACUGAUCAAUAAGAACCAGGAUGUUUGAGAGUGGUCAGGCUGGGUACAGGAGACUGUUAGCAGACCAAACCUUCCUCAAUAAAGACACAGACGAAGAAUUUGUGUGUUAUGGAUACAAGGAUGACCGUUGUAAGGAGGGACUUUUUAUGGUCCUGGUCUUUCUUACUGGGGGCCUAAUUCUAUUGCUGUUACAGUGGCGCCCACAGAUGGUGUGCUAUCUAAGGAAAAAACGCUGUUCACUCAAUCAAGCUGACACAAUUCUACUACAGGAUACGUACAAGCAGUUUAGCCUUGCCUUCAUUAAGGAGAAGACAUUUCCACGACCGGAGGAUUUUGUAUCCAGUAACAAUGCAGGUGAAGAUUCUGAUUAUGAAAGUCCAUCUGACACAAGUCGACUCACCAAUUCUCAGGAUGUAGUUCGACUACGCUACUUUGACCAUCAGCAUGUACGAUAUAUUUGGGACAGGGGCAGUCAGAUAUUCUCAAAACUCAAAGAUCUUUCAGAAGGAACUAAAUGUGUGAAGAUUCAGGAGAGUUUUCAUGGAUUAACAGCAAAAGAACAAAAACAAAAGGAAGUUGUAUAUGGGGAAAAUACAAUUGAAGUGGAAGUUAAAUCCUAUUGGAGACUCUUUAUUGAGGAGGUGAUGAACCCGUUCUAUGUGUUCCAGAUUGCCAGUAUCAUUCUAUGGCUGUUUGACCAGUACUAUUAUUAUGCUGCCUGUAUUUUAUUUAUAUCUUUGGUGUCUAUUGGAAUUUCCCUGUAUGAAACCAAAAGACAAAGUGUGACUCUUCAUGACAUGGUUACUACACAUGCUCAGACCAUCAGUGUUUGCCGUGGGGAGGAGGUUUAUGAGGAUGUACCCACGGGGGAUCUGGUACCUGGUGAUGUCAUUGCUAUCCCCCAACAUGGAUGUGUAAUGACAUGUGAUGCUGUGCUGGUCACAGGCACCUGUAUUGUUAACGAGAGCAUGUUGACCGGUGAAAGUGUCCCUGUGACAAAGACCCCCCUGACUCAUCAGGAAGAUGAGGAAGUAUACUCCCCUGAUAUCCACAAGAGACACACCCUCUUCUCAGGGACACAAAUUCUGCAGACCAGGUUCUAUGGCAAUUCAAAGGUCAAGGCAGUCGUAGUUCGCACAGGCUUCAGAACAGCCAAAGGAGAACUAGUGCGAGCCAUAUUAUUUCCCAAACCUUUGGACUUCAAGUUUUACAGAGAUGCAAUGAAAUUUAUCCUAUUCCUUGGAUGUAUGGCUGCUCUGGGGAUGACCUAUAGCAUUGUAAUCUAUGUAAAGCAAGGGGUUUACCCAAUAAGGAUUGUUGUGAGAGUUCUGGACAUCAUCACCAUUAUUGUCCCUCCAGCUUUACCGGCAGCCAUGACGGUGGGGACCGUGUUUGCUCAAGGUCGGCUGAAAAAGAAAGGAAUUUACUGCAUCAGUCCUCCUCGAAUUAACUUCUGUGGGAGGCUGGAUGUCUUCUGCUUUGAUAAAACUGGUACCUUAACAGAGGAUGGAUUGGACAUGUGGGGAGUACUGCCAAUUAAAAACCAGGGGUUUUGUGGAGUAGAGGAGGAUCCCUCUAAGUUAGAGGUGGGGCCCUUCAUCAUCUGUAUGGCUACCUGUCACUCCCUGACUGUGAUAGAUGGGGAACUAUCAGGGGAUCCUCUAGACCUCAUUAUGUUCAACUCCACUAAAUGGGUUUUGGAUGAGCCAGGUAAGGACAGCAGUAAAUUUGACACCAUUAUGCCUACUGUGGUUAGACCUUGUACCAAGGACACCUUCACUGCAGAAAACCCUUUUGAAGUGGGCAUUAUUAGACAGUUUACAUUCUCCUCGUCUGUGCAAAGAAUGAGUGUUAUCACACGUACACUGAGUGAGGAGGGGAUGGAACUCUACUGUAAGGGGGCACCAGAAAAGAUUGCCUCCCUUUGUUUGCAAGAAACUGUUCCGCAUGAGUUUCCAGAUAUCCUUCACCGGUACACCAUUCAGGGUUACAGGGUCAUAGCAUUAGCUUACAAAAAACUGGAUCCUAAACUCACCUGGCAUCAGGCUCAGAGAAUCUCCAGGGAUAAAGUGGAAUUUGACAUGAAUUUUUUGGGAAUGAUUGUUCUACAAAACAAACUUAAACUACAAACAAAACCUGUCAUCCACAAACUGGGGGAUGCUAAAAUUAGAACUGUAAUGGUUACAGGUGACAUGAUACAGACAGCUAUUAGUGUAGCUAGGAAUUGUGGGAUGGUUCCCCCAAAAGACCGCAUAAUUAUUGUCGAGGCUUCCCCUCCUGAUGCUCACAGUCCGGCCAGUAUAAAGUGGGUCAUGGCAGAGACACCUGACGAAGGAACUGAUACAUAUACUGACUCAGACUAUAAUGAGUGUGUUCACGUAGAUUUGGAGAAUCCUCACAAGACUCAGAACUUCCACUUUGCUGUCAGCGGGCAUUCUUUUGGAGUUCUAUCUACUCAUUUUCCUGAAUACAUUCCAAGGGUAGUAGUGAAGGGGACAAUAUUUGCUAGAAUGUCUCCAGAUCAGAAACUUCAACUUAUUGAGGAUCUACAGAAUAUUGGGUACAAUGUUGGUAUGUGUGGAGAUGGUGCUAAUGAUUGUGAGGCCCUGAAGGCAGCUCAUGCUGGGAUUUCUUUGUCUGAAGCAGAGGCUUCAGUAGCUGCUCCAUUCACAUCACGCAUUCCAAAUAUAGAAUGUGUUCUACAAAUCAUGAGGGAAGGGAGAGCCGCCCUUGUGACAUCAUUUGGUUGUUUUAAGUAUAUGGCUCUCUACAGCUUUAUACAAUAUGUCUCUGUUCUUAUUUUAUACACAUUUGACGCUAACCUGGCAGACAUGCAGUUCCUGUACGUUGACCUGGUUAUCACUACCAGUGUGGCUGUGCUCAUGGGAUAUUCCAGUGCAUACCAUAAACUGGUUCCCCAGCAGCCCCCAGGAAGUCUUGUGAAGCCUAGUAACCUUCUGUCAAUCAUUGCACAAGUCAUCCUUGUCAUCAUCUUCCAGAUCGCAGCCUUCCUCUAUCUUCACUAUCAACCAUGGUAUAUCCCAGUGAAAAAAGAUCUGAACGCUGACAAUACUUACUGCUGGGAAACGUCUGUGAUAUUUCUUGUGUCAACAUAUCAGUACAUUGCAUCAGCUUUUGUAUUCUCCAAGGGACCACCCUUCAGACAACCAAUUUAUAAAAAUGUGCCAUUCCUACUCACACUGUGUGUGUUGUUCGCUUUUUCUACAUAUAUUCUCAUGUUUCCUUUGGAUCCUAUAUUGAAGUUUUUUGCAAUUAUGCCACUAGGGGAGAGGACAGUAGAGUUCCGCUCCAUUCUCCUUGCUCUCUCUGUUGGUUUUAUAUUUGUUGCUUGUCUUGUAGAGUACUUAAUAAUGGAUGUGAAGUGUACACAGAUGUGUCUCGAUUCUUGUUCACACUGCUGUGAUAAAGGAGACGAGAAGAAGGACCACUUCAGAAAAAUUCAAAAUGAAAUACAGCUCAGUAAUUGGCCACCUGUGGGUCAUGUGACUUAUGCUGCCUUGAAUGAGCCUCAUGUUCAAAUAGAAGAGGAGUUCAUGAGAUCUCAGGGUGAAAUACUAGUGAAUUGAUGCAGGACAUUUGUAGGAAUAAAAUUAAAACAUGAAAUGCAGGUUAAUGAUCUACACAAGAUGUUUGAAGUCUUCCAGUAAAUGCCAUUAUCCUUUCGUACCUAGGUGCUGUUGUUAAUUAUUUUUAUGAGUAGGCAUAACCUACACAACUUGUCAUUGUUUCCAUAUCCUUUAUCUGUAAGAGGAUACAAUACUCUAAAAACGUUCUUUAUUUAUUUGUUCAUCUAGCUUUAUGUUUUAUUAGAGUAUUUUUUUCAUAUCUGCCUUCUAGUAUAGGCUGGAUAAAUAUAUACAUGUAGAGGGAUAUACUAGUACAUAUAUUUUC